CACUACUAUAUAACAAAUAAUUUGAGGAAGACUUCACGGAAAGAUGUCGUAUAACCCGUUUCUACAGUCCCGAGCUAGGUCCAUGGUAACUGGUUACCAUGGUACCACCAUAUCAGUAGAACCCAAGACCAAGGAAGGUCUUUACAUUUGUAAUAGUACGGACGCGUCUAUAAGGAUAACACAAAAGUGUGCUAAAGCAGGAAUUGAAGCUUGUAAUAAUCUGAGUGUGUACUUUAAUGCACCGGUAAUGACGGAGAUGUGCGAAAUUGUCAGCUCAGACAACGUUGACCUUUACAUACGACGAGGAGUAACGCUGAGAACAAUUACAAUCGACAUGUGCUCCAACAUAAAUAUCCACGUGCAGAACGCUGGCGAACAAUUGUUCAAAAUAUACUAUCACCAGUCACGUGACACUAAGCUGGUAAAGCACGAGGGUGGCCCUGUACAGAGAAUCAACCUGGAUACCCUCCCAGUCAACAACGACAGACAGAUAGUCCAGUUCGUCUGUAGGAUUCACCAGGAUGGACAGAUCCAGAUAGACCGCGUAGUAAGGGAAGGUAAAGGUUACCCCACCACAGAGAUAGAACUGGCUGAACACCAAGCGAACGAGGAUGCCUUACUCCAGAGCUUCAGGGAUCAGAUUUACAUUCUCUCUGGGUUAGACGACAUAGCAAACAGUGACGGUUCCCCUGGUAACUCCCCUCCUAUUUGAUAAUCACUGGUAACUACUGGUAACUACUGGUAACUACUGGUAACCACUGGUAACUACUGGUAACUACUGUUAGCUACUGGUUACCACUGGUAACCACUGGUAACUACUGGCAACCACUAGUAACCACUGGUAACUACUGGUAACUACUGGUAACCACUGGUAACUACUGGUAACUACUGGUUACCACUGGUAACUACUGGUUACCACUGGUAACUACCGGUAACUACUGGUAACUACUGGUAACUACGGGUAACUACUGGUUACCACUGGUAACUACCGGUAACUACUGGUCACUACUGGUAACUACUGGUAACUACUGGUAACUACUGGUAACUACCGGUUACUCCCGUCCUGCUUGAUCACCUGGCUUCUGCCCAUCACUCUAAUGUCAUACUGUCAUAUAGUUGACGACGUCAUGAUUGGUACAUUCGACGUUUUGCUUGAGUGGUAUGAACUAUUGUAGAGCGAAUGAUACAUAGUAUAAAAGGUAAAAUCUGGGCGAUGUAAGUAAUACUACUCUCGGUGUUGACCUGUUGUGUCCCUCUGGACCAUAUUUAAACAUUAAAAGUAGCAACUAAUGAUCAAAGUGGAACGACACAGUAACUUACUAAGCAAGGCAACUCGCGUGAAGCGAUAGAUACAGACUUCAUAAAAUCGACUAUUUUUAAUGAAAAAUGUAUAACUAUUAAUUUACAAGUAGUGACGAUAUUACUAAUUAGUUAAUAACGUGGUUUGUCGUAGUGAAAGUUGUGCUAGUUGAGCUGUUUUAGAACUGAAGAUACCCACGCUAAUGACCGUUGUAGAAACUACUGUUUAUUCCACUGUUCAUAACAUAACAUUUUAACAGUGUGGAAUGAGGAAAUAAAAUAAAAAAUAAAAUGUUAUUUGGGAAAUUAACUUAAUAGUACAAUAAAACAAUUUUAACCACCAGAGGGUAAUAGGGCAUGAAGCUUUCAAGAUUUGAAACGCUUGUUUUGUAUUAAAAUAUUAACAUAAAACAUUACUUUGGAUCAAAAUAUCAUUAUCUGUAAAAGAUUAUAUAUCUAAUAAAGUAAUAACGGGCCUCGGUGACCGUGCAAUAUUUAUUUGAUCGAUGAGUUGCACAGUAGCUGAUUCGGAGCGCAAGUCGGUAAAUAUAAGUUAAAUAUAGUAAAUAUAAGUUAAAAUAGCCUACAAUUAUUUAUUGCCCGAACCCACAAACCAACCAACCCUCUCUCGCAAACCAAUCGACAGAAAAUUAUUUAGGAAGAUAUCUGCAACAGAUUGAGUAUCCGUCAACCCCAGUACCCAUCAAACAUAUCUUUCUCAAGUGAGCCAUGUGACCCAAUAUUAAUAUGAAAAAUAAUGAAAUUUUGUACAUUAACAGCACAAAAACUCGUGCUUAUGCUCCGUAGCGGUAGAGUUGAGAGUAUAAUUGAAUAUUUUAUAAAAAUUAACUGAUUAUGCUAUAAUGCAUUGUGGUCAAUGCAUUGUGGUCAAUAAUUUCCCCCGUACGAGGUCCAAGUUUUGUUAACCGUAGCUUUAAUAAAUCUCGAAAUCUUUUAAGUUCCAAUUUUACCAGUAUAAGAUCUAAUAAAGAUAAAUAAAAAUAAAUUUUUUUUGCUGCAAGAGACAAGAUAUGUUGAUACCUACUUCAUUAAUUCUCCCCUUAUCCUGCACCGUUAAGAGAUAGUUGAAGAAAGUACAGAAAUUAGAAACUAAAUCAAAUUUAUCAUCUCUUUCAUACACAGAGCGAGAAGGCUGUUAUCUAUAAUUCAAAUCGGCGAAAAUGUUCUUGAAUAAGCAAUAAGCAAUAAAAUAAAUAUUAUUUUGAAUAUAAGUAUAACUGACUAAGCUGAGUGUCGAGUGAGUAUUAUUCACAUUAAAACUAAGGUUAUGUAAGUAUUUCAGAAUAGAAUUGAUAAAUAAUAUUAGCCUUAAAACUAUGAUUAGCUGAAUUUGAAUAUUUUCGUGAUCAGUUGAACUAUACAAAUACCAGGGACAAAAAGAAAUCGCGUCAUGUACGGAAUCGCGAUUUUUCCCAUUAUUUGCGACAAAUUUUAUGUAUAGUUUAAUGUAUAGUCUGUUAAAAUCGCGGUAUCGCGAAUUUUGUCCCUGACAGAUACUGUCUAUCAUGCACCAAGUUAUUUAUAGCGAACAGUCCAAAUUAAAGCAAUACAAUAAAAUCUUGUUGAGAAGGACAGUUUUGUAUUACGGCUCGUUUUUUAAGCUUUGAAGUUCAAUCUGAGAUAUGUUCAAUGGUUCAAUGUGAGUCCACAUUUUUGAUAUGUCAGGAUCGAUGAUAAGAAUACAUUUUGGCGUGUAUUAUCAUUAAACUCUUGAACUUCAUUAUGCAUGAAUUUAUUUAAUUUAAUUUGUUAUGACACUUGACCAAAUUCUCUGCUUUAACAUUAAAAUAAAAAAGGCAGCGCCUCGACCAAAUAAAAGUAAAACUAUUUUUCAGAUUAUUUGAAUCAAAUAAUAUAAUUCCUGUAAUUUAAUUUCCUUAUUACUUGACUCUUAAGGGUGGGGGGGGGGGCAAUGGGUAUUUUUUGGGAAACUUG